AUGGAUAUGGUUCCAUUUACGGAGAUUAUGAAGCUGGUGAUUUCAGAGGCCAAGAAGGUGAAAGACUUCAAACCCUUGUUCAAGGAAUUGGCGUCGACCAUCGAGAGAUUAGUACCGAUUUUCGAAGAGAUUGAUUUGUUGCAAGAAAGACUGGAGCCAGGUAAUAAAGAAUUAAUUGUUCUUACCAAACUGAUGCUAAGCGCUAAAAAAAUGGUUCACAAGUGUUCACGCGUCCGGGUAUACAAUUUAGUCAAGAUAAAUUCGUAUACCAAGCAAAUAAAACAAAUCAAUGAUGAUUUUGUCAAGUUCUGUCAGAUUGACUUGCAGCUUAUUGGGCUUAGGAACCAGUUACGGUCUCGUUCACAAACAAGCCUAAACAUGCAAGAGUCUUCUCCUCCUGCUUUUCAAGGUGUACAUCGAAAGCAAGUCCAGGUGGGUGGACAGCUUUCUUUAGGUCUGGAGGAGAGUCUCAAAAUGGAAGAUCUGCUUUCAUCGCCUGAAGUUAAAGAGCUUAACUCGGCUAUUCAAGAAUCUCUUUUUCUUCGUCGCCAACAAGAGGAUAAUGGAAAAAGAAAGCAAGUUGAGGAGGAUGAACUAGUUGCUGUAGCUCUUCAGGAGAGUCUACACAGUUUCAAGGAUAGUGGAAAAGGAAAGCAAGUCCAGGAGGAUGAACUAGUUGCUGUAGCUAUUCAGGAGAGUCUAAACAGUUUCAAAGACAAUAAAAGAAGAAAGCAAGUUCAGGAGGAUGAACUAGUUGCUGUAGCUAUUCAGGAGAGUCUAAACAGUUCCAAAGAUAAUGGCAAAAGAAAGCAAGCUCAGGAGGAUGAAAUAGUUGCUAGAGCUCUUCAGGAAAGGAUGACUAAUGGUUCAUCUUCAUUCACUAGAGCUCAUUCGUUCGAUGAAGACGACAUACAGUGGGUUCUAUUGGAGAGUUUGACAAAAAAACAAAGGAAAUCAAUGUGA